UCCAACAGAAACGGACGCGUGGGUUUUUCUCUCUCCGCCUGAUCGUUGAUGGAUAUUAUUUUCUCCUACACGGCGCCCACGAACUAACUCACACGGUGACGGUACCACUUCUCUUCCGUUCUGUUUUUUGUUUUGUUUUUGCCUCUUUGGAUUAUUCUUCAUCUCGAGAAAAAAAACGUGAAAUGAAAUAGGGAGAGGAAGUACAAGGAGAAGAUAGAGAGAUAGAGAGAAAGAAAAGCUGGACAUCAGAGCAGGGUUUGGUGCUCCCGCUACACGGCAAGUCACGGACAUGCUUCAGGGAACUUGUAAUUCCAUAUCGAUAAGGGUGGCUCUACCUGGCUCUCUAUCAUGACUGAUGGCGAGGGGAGAGUCCGCUUCCUCUACACCCCCACCUCCUCUACCCCCACCCCCAUCCUCACCCUCACUCCUGCCCUCAACGUCCAGCAGGGAGGGGAGGAAAGGCGGUGCCGUGACGGAGAGGUGAGGGUUCUCAUACCGGCUCCAUUUUACCGGGAACACAACCCACACCCAUCACCGUUUUACCGGGAACACAACCCCCCGAGACGUCACCACCACGACAUCGGCUUCCCUGAUGAUGAUGAGGAAGAGGAAGGAGGCAGCAGCACAUGGAGUCCAGGGCCGGAGGAGGAGGAAGAGGUGGAGGAAAGGGAGGAGGAAGGUGCAGGAGUAGCUGCCCGUUGUGUCCCGGGGCCUCCCGUUGUCGUUACCGGCGGUAGUAGUGGUGGUGGUGUGUUCGGUAACGUGAGGAGGGAGCCAGUAACGGAGCCGGUAACGGAGCCGGUAGACCCAGUGGACCUGCUGUCUGAAGAUGAGGAGCAGCAGCCAUAUCCAGCCCUCGCCCCCGUAGUCUUCUUCUGCAUCAAACAGACAACGCGUCCUCGCAGCUGGUGUCUACGCACGGUCUGUAACCCUUGGUUUGAACACGUCUCCAUGAUAGUGAUUCUCCUGAACUGUGUGACUCUGGGGAUGUACCAACCCUGUGAAGACGUCACCUGUCAGGCAGAGUGGUGCCUCAUACUACAGGUGUUUGAUGACUGUAUCUUUGCGUUUUUCGCGGUGGAGAUGGUCAUUAAGAUGGUGGCUCUGGGGAUCUUCGGUUCUAAGUGUUACCUUGGCGACACUUGGAACCGACUGGACUUCUUCAUUGUCAUGGCAGGGAUGAUGGAGUAUUCUCUGGACGGACACAACGCCAGUCUGUCAGCUAUCAGGACCGUACGGGUUCUGCGGCCGCUCCGGGCAAUCAACAGAGUCCCUAGUGAGUACACACACACUACACUGUCCUUGUUUUUACAGCCUAUAAAUCCUGUGGAUCUCGACCCCCUUGAGCAACAGCGGUUAACCCAUCGUGCCCCUGGGGCGUCGUGUCGAUUACGGUAACCCAUCGUUCCCCUGGGGCGUCGUGUCGAUUACGGUAACCCAUCGUUCCCCUGGGGCGUCGUGUCGAUUACGGUAACCGAUCGUUCCCCCGGGGCGU